CAUAUAUAUAUAUAUAUAUAUAUGUGUGUGUAUAUGCAUACACUAGAGGAAAGCAAAGGCUCCAUGACCUCGGACAUGAGGAAACUAUCGGUUGACGUUUUCGUCCGUUACUGCGGCUUGCGGGGAAACACGGAGGACUGCCUUGUUGUCACUCCCAACCGAGGAAUUAUUCGCAAGAUGCGAAGACACCUGUAUGUCUUGAUGGAUCACAUGGCUAACGGAUGCCCCUUUGGGUAAUUGAAUCUAGAUGACCAGGAUCAUCUGGCAAGAUAUCAGAGAGAAGCUGAUCCUGCCUUACCUGGACAUCGAUCUCAAGUACUACGACUUGGGUCUUGAGUACCGUGACAAGACCGAUGACAAGGUCACCAUCGAGUCCGCUGAGGCCAUCAAGAAGUAUGGUGUUGGUGUCAAGUGUGCCACCAUCACUCCUGAUGAGGCUCGUGUUGAGGAGUUCAAGCUGAAGAAGAUGUGGCUCUCUCCCAACGGUACUAUCCGUAACAUCCUCGGUGGAACCGUCUUCCGUGAGCCCAUUGUCAUUCCCCGCAUUCCUCGUCUCGUCCCUGGCUGGACGAAACCCAUCAUCAUCGGUCGUCACGCUUUCGGUGACCAGUACCGUGCUACCGACCGUCUGAUCCCCGGCCCCGGUAAGCUUGAGCUGGUCUACACCCCUGCUGGCGGCAAGCCCGAGAGCAUUGAGGUGUACGACUUCAAGGGCGCUGGUAUUGCCCAGACCCAGUACAACACUGACGAGUCCAUCCGUGGCUUCGCUCAUGCCUCCUUCAAGCUGGCUCUCCUCAAGGGCCUGCCCCUCUACAUGAGCACCAAGAACACUAUCCUGAAGAAGUACGAUGGCCGCUUCAAGGACAUCUUCCAGGAGAUCUACGACAACGAGUACAAGCAGGCGUUCGAGGAGAAGAAGAUCUGGUACGAGCACCGUCUGAUUGACGACAUGGUCGCCCAGAUGAUCAAGAGCGAGGGUGGCUUCGUCAUUGCCAUGAAGAACUACGACGGUGAUGUCCAGUCCGACAUCGUCGCUCAGGGUUUCGGUUCCCUCGGUCUGAUGACCUCCACCCUCACUACCCCUGAUGGCACGGCAUUCGAGUCUGAGGCUGCCCACGGCACCGUCACUCGUCACUACCGUGAGCACCAGAAGGGUCGUGAGACCUCCACCAACCCCAUUGCGUCCAUCUUCGCCUGGACCCGUGGUCUGAUCCAGCGUGGUCAGCUGGACGGUACUCCCGACGUUGUCACCUUCGCCGAGGCGCUUGAGGCUGCCUGUAUCGAGGUUGUCAACGACGAGGGUAUCAUGACCAAGGACCUUGCUCUGGCCUGCGGCCGCAAGGAGCGUGAGGCCUGGGUCACCACCAAGGAGUACAUGGCUGCCGUUGAGAAGAGACUCAAGGCUAACCUGGCCAAGGCUAAGCUGUAAACUCGUUGAUUGGUUUUCUUUCCGUUGGCAGGUGCCUGUGGCCGUCAGAUGCAGGCAGAGCGUUCUAGUUACUUGACGUGCGAGGACUAGAUGGAAGACUACUGCAUGUAAUUGCUACUGGGUUAGUCUUGGCUCUCCACUACUUAGAUUUCUUUCAGGUUCAGAUUACCUGUGGUAUGAACUGUACAUAGCCCAUAGAUCGCUAUCUAUUUUGGUGCUUCCUGGCGUGCCUUUGGAGACAGCGCUCGGGGAAGCCCAGGGGUAGUUUCACUAAAAAGCACGAAACGAUGAUGAGCAUGCGGAUGAGCGCUGCGUGGCCCUAGGUAGCUGCGGACACUUGACUCCUUUGAAUCAAUGCCUGCCAUAUGAACGAACAUGUCCCACUUCUCAUUAUACUUUUUCUUCCAUAUACUGUAGUUGUCCAUGCAUUCUGUAUGUUGCUUUGUAAAUCAUAUGCACA